AUGUUGUUUGAUAUUUUACUAACAGUUUCGAAUGUUGUAGAAACAAAACCAGUAAAUGAACAGCAUGGUUAUUGGAAACAUAGUAUAUUUACAAUUAUUGAUUCAUCUCAUAUUUCAACAUUUAUAAUUGCUCUUAUUCUUAUUAUUUAUGGAAGUUUACGAGCAUUAGAUCAAGAUAAAUUAAAAGAUUCUGUAUCUUCUUAUAAUAAAUUCUUAUUUGAAUCAUCAACAAAUGAACAAGUUUCACAUUCACAUGUUAUUGAAACAAUGCAUGCUAUUGCUCUACCUCUUGGUGCAUCAUUAUCAUUAAUGAUUAUGUUCUUUUUUUUUGAUUCACUUCAAACAGUAUUUAUUAUUUGUACAGCAAUAUUAUCAACUAUGGGUUUUGCUUAUCUUCUAAAACCAUGUUGUCAAAUGAUACUUCGUCCAUGUUCUGAUAAUACAAAAAUAUCUUUUGGUAUAUUUGGUCGUUAUACAUUAUCAGAAAUUCUUGCAUUCAUUUUAUCAAUAAGUCUUGUUUUUGUAUGGAUUAUUACUGGACAUUGGUUAUUUAUGGAUGUUAUAGCAAUAGGAUUAUGUAUAUCAUUUAUUGCUCUUGUUAGAUUACCAAAUUUAAAAGUAUCAGCAUUAUUAUUAUUUGGUCUUGUUAUAUAUGAUGUUUUUUGGGUAUAUUUUUCUCAUUAUAUAUUUACAACAAAUGUUAUGGUUAGAGUAGCAACUAAAGAAGCAGAAAAUCCGUUAACAACAAUUGCAAAACGAUUAAAUUUUAAUGAUUAUCAUGCACCAAGACUUUCAUUACCCGGUAAAAUUGUUUUUCCGAGUAUGCAACAACAAGGUCGAUUUUCAUUACUUGGUUUAGGAGAUAUAAUUAUGCCUGGACUUGUUCUUUGUUUUGUUCUUCGUUUUGAAUCUCGAAAGCGAGCUAAUAGUUUACAUAAUAAUGAUCCAUUAUCAUUUAUUAAUCGUUUAACUUAUUUUCAAUGUUGUUUAAUUGGUUAUUGUGCAGGUUUAUUAGCAGCAACUAUUUCAUCAGAAGUAUUUAAAUGUGCUCAACCAGCACUUUUAUUUCUUGUUCCAUUUACAUUAAUACCAUUAUUAUUAAUCGCUCAUUUAAAGGGUGAUCUCAGUUCGAUGUGGUCAGAUCCAUUUGAUGAGAAUAACGAAAUUUCAUCUUCAUCGUGCAAAUUAUUGAAUGUUUAA